AUGGAUGAAAAUACACCAUCGAAAGAUGUCUUCAACAAUAAUAACCAAAACUCUAAUACAAAUUCGAACUCACUCGGAAUAGCUGCCACUCCAACUACUACUGUGAACACCACUGCGUCUACUAUUAAUGGUGCUUCUAUAGAUGCAGAUAUUGAUAGCUAUCCAUCUCAAUCCAAUGUACCCACUGUGACAGACCCAACUAGUAUCGCCCCUACUUCAAAUGCUAAUCACAAUGGAUUACCUGAUGUAAUUCAUCCUGGGAUGACUAUACCUAUUUAUGAAGAUGAGAAUCAAGGCUUAUUGAGUUCAUCCAAUAACAAUAGCAAUAAUAAUUCCUCCUCUUCUGCUAUGGAUGGUAGAUCACCUCAGAAACUUGGCUCCUAUAGAUCUAGAGCAGGCAAAUUGUCAAAUACCUUAUCUAAUUUAUUACCUUCCAUUAGUGCUAAAUUACAUCAUUCUAAGAAAGGUUCAAAAAAUAAUAUCUCCUCUUCAAGCAAUAAUAUAGCAUCCACAUCUAAUAAUACAAACUCUAAUAAUAAUAAUAAUAACCAUAAUAAUAAUAAUAAUGCAUCAAACACAAGUAGUAAUGACUCAAACAGUCUGCAUAGUUCAGACUCAAUAGACAAUAAUAAUAUUAAUAACCACAACACUAAUAACAAUACUAAUAGUAAUAAUAAUAAUAACUUUUCCUCCUUUAAUGCCUCAAAUUUCCCAUUAUUUAAAAGCAAUAAUAAAAACAAUAUGACUAAGACUAGUGUCCCCACCUUUGGAGGUAUUCCAAUAGAUAUUCAUAGUGGUUCAACUAAUAACACUUCUAAUAAUAGCAAUUUCAAUAGUACCAAUUCGUAUAAUAGUUAUUCACAAAAUAUAAACAGCAAUAACCAUUUAUCUACUUCUCAAGAUUUCGUUGAUGGAUUGAUUCACUUUCCGGAUUCGACCAAUUCUUAUCAACCACGUACUUCAAAUGAUUCAUUUACGAGAACUUCAAUGUCGAAUAGCAUUUCAAAUACAAAUAGUAAUUCAAAUUCAAAUUCUAAUAAUUUAAUGUCUCAAUUAUCAAGAACAAGAAAUAAUACUAUUUCGUCACAAUUAUCUGCUAUUUCUUCAAUUGCACCUUCACAAACUCCAAGUAUGUUAUGGCAAACAAAUACAAACACAACUACAAAUAAUAAUAAUGAUCCAUCUUACCAAAUUCUACAGCAAUUUAAUGGUACUUCAUUGAAUGAUACCACUCUAAUUCCUCAAGAUUUCCCUUCCUUUGAUACCACAAAUAAUAACAAUGGCAAUAAUGCUAAUAAUAAUAAUAAUAAUAAUAAUAAUAAUAGUAAUAGUAAUAGUAAUAGUAAUAGUAAUAAUAAUAAUAACAACAUCCAUAACACCAGUCCAAAUAAUAAUUUAAGAGCAAAUAUAAAUCAUACAAAUAGUUUAAGUGGGUUAUCCUUAUGGCCAAAUCCAAGGCAAAGAUCUCAGUCAAAUGCUUCAAGCAUUUACACUGAUGCUCAAAUGUUUGAACAACAAUCAUCGGUACCAACUACCAAUAAUCAACCAAAUUUAACUAAUGGAACUGUUUCAAGACAAAGAGCAGCCACUAACUAUACAAUCCCAAUUGUUCAAGAAAUUCCAUCUGUUAUUGAUGACAUUGAUCCUAGAGCCAUUAAUUGGGUUAGUACUGAUAAAAAUGUUCCCUUUAUUAAUCAAAUCACUACACUUUUACCCACAAAUACUAUUUCAAUUUCAAAUAUUUUUUCUUUACAACAACAACAGCUGCAAUUGGCUAAUGCAAUUAACUUAACAAGCACCUCUUUAGUAACUUUAUGUUCUAAAUAUGGUAAUGUUAUUACUGCAAGAACUUUGAGUGGAUUAAAUAUGGCUUUAGUAGAAUUCGAUACCGUGGAAAGUGCUGCAAGGGCUCUUGAUGAUUUACAAAAUAAGGAAGUUUCAAUGAUCGGAGCUCCAAGUACUGUUUGUUUUGCUAAAAUUCUGCCAAUGCACCAACAACAAUCAAACUUGGGUGUACCAAAUUCUUCCGUCCCUUUAAACAGCUCAUUAUUAAAUAAUGAAAUGUUACCACAAACAUUAUUGCAAGAACAAUUAUAUAGCGGUGCUCUAAGUUUCCAGCAACAGGGUGGUGCAUCUAUCCCAGUUUUCAAUUCUCAGCAACAGACACAACAAACACAACAUUCUACUAUGCAUUCAAACUCAAUUUCGAUCCCAAGUCAUAAUCAUUCAAACAACAGUAAUAACAACAACAAUAACAUGAAUCAAAUUCAAUCAAAUGAAAAAGAACAAUGCCCAUUCCCAUUACCUCCUCCUAACAUUAUUCAUCAAAAAGAUAUUGUCAAGGAAAUUGUUAAUUCCUUCGAAAUUGACUUUAAUAAAUCUCAGACAAUCCAUAUCUUAAUGAAUGCAUUUUCAAAUACCCCAACCGCAAAUAUCAAUGAUUUCGGUCCUUUACCUGAUCCAUUAAAUACAAGAGACUUCGAUUCACCAAAAUUAAGAGAAUUAAGAAAAAAUAUUGAUGCAAAUCAAAUUAAUGAUAUUGAAAUUGAACAAUUAGCUAUGGCAAUGCUAAAUGAACUACCUGAAUUAAGUUCCGAUUAUAUUGGUAAUACUAUUGUGCAAAAGUUAUUUGAGCAUUCUUCGGACAUCAUUAAGGAUAUUAUGCUAAGAAAAACAAAUAAAUAUUUAACUUCAAUGGGUGUUCAUAAAAAUGGUACUUGGGCGUGCCAAAAGAUGAUUACAAUGGCAAGAACUCCUAGACAAAAGAUGCUAGUUGGUACAGGUGUGGAGGCUUAUUGUACUCCUUUAUUUAAUGAUCAAUUCGGUAAUUAUGUUAUUCAAUGUGUUUUAAAAUAUGGCUUUCCAUGGAAUAAUUUUAUAUUUGAAAGCAUUGUUACUAAUUUCUGGACAAUAUCCCAAAACAGGUAUGGUGCAAGAGCUGUUAGAGCAUGUCUUGAGGCUCAUGAUAUAGUCACAACUGAACAAACGCUAGUAUUGAGUGCAAUGAUUAUUUUGUACGCUGAAUAUUUAACAACAAAUACUAAUGGUACUUUAUUAGUAACUUGGUUUCUAGACACCUGCAUAUUACCACAUAGACAUACAAUCUUGGCCAAAAAAAUAGUUCCGAACAUUGUCGAGUUAUGUUGUCAUAGAUUAGCUUCAUUAACGGUGUUGAAGAUUUUAAAUUUUAGAGGUGAUGAUGAGGCUAGAAAUACAAUUUUAAAUUCAAUCUUUGGCCCUAUCAGUGAUGAAGAGGAGGAUCCUCCAAAAUUAUUAAAUAAUAUCUUAAGUGAUACAAAUUAUGGUCCAACUUUUGUUUACAAGGUAUUAUCAAUGCCCUUAUUGGAAGGCGAUGUUAGAUUUCAUGUGAUUAAACAGGUUCGUAAGAUUUUACCAGAUUGUAAAGCUGCACAACACCAUCGCCGUUUAAUGGAAGAAGUUGGAUUAGCACAGUUAAAUAAUGGUAUGUCACAAAACGGACAACCUAAACACCGUGUUAGCAUGUCACAUGUUUUUAAUCAUGAUAACAAUAAACAUAUGAGACAUUUGUCUGUAUCAAGUGUUAGAAGCAGUAACUCAAGGCAAACUGCUCCCUUAUCUAAUGCUUCGACAACUAAUACUAAUACCAUUAGUACUGGUGGCCAGCAUCCACCAGUAUCUUUAAAUGGCCAACCAGCUAAUAAUAUGAUUCCUGGUACCAGUUCUACACCGGUUACUCAGGGUAAACAAAACCCCCCUCAACCAUAUAAUAUGAAUUAUAUGAAUUAUCCAGGUGUGUUUCCAAACUCUUAUGUAAAUACUUCCAAUGGUCCUAAUUCUACCAAUGUCCCAGGGACUUUCAAUAUCAAUGAUGAUUUAACAUCCCAAUUCGAUAUGCUAAGUGUAAACAAUAACGAUACCCGUGUUUCUUUACCUCAAAUUACUAUUAAUAAUAAUUUAAAUAGUAGUGGUACUGGGCUGAAUAACAUUCCUGAUAAUACCCCUACCAAUUCAACUUCAACUACUACUGGUAAUUCCAACAAUGGAAAUCCAACAUCAUACCAAACUUUUGGCUUUUAA